GCUAGCCUAGCUGGCGGCGUUAGCCCCGAGAUCCCAGGCGCAGUAAAAUGAAGCGUUAUUGCCCUUUGUUUUUAAAUCGGACUGGCAGACGUUGUAUAAACGCUGCGAGCUGAUUGAUCGCGCUAAUACGUGAUUUAAAUGGUGGGAUUACAUAAUUCACGGUUAUUUAUUAAAGUAUCAGGCGUUUUCAAAACAUUAUCUGGCUAGUCGGCUAGCUAGCUAGCCAGCUAGCCAGCUAACUCUUGAUUCUCCCGCGAGCCAAAAAAGCGAACACUCCAAAACUUCGCCAACGCAGAGAAAGGUUGAUAGGUCCUGCUAACAUCAACGUUAGCAAACGGCUGUCAAUAAGCUCCCUAUCUUCACUCAAGAGCCUACUCUGAUGUGAACUGAACAAAUAAAUCUGCAGGAGGCAUCCUCUAAGUUGAGAGUCUGCCUCACAGCUGAAGAAAGUCCAGGUGUUUGGGCAUCAAGUCAGGUUUUACUGGCAGUUUGUGUGCUUCUCACCCACCAGCAUGUACAUUGGACAGUGGAUACCUUAGCCAAAACAGAUCCUGGCUUCCCAAAGAUGACAUGGUGCUGGCAGGCCGCAGGUAAAAAAUGAUGGGAGGCAGUGAGACUGUCAGUGGGGACAAGGAUGGGGUCCACACCACUGCAAUACACAUCCCCAUUGGCUGGCAGAGGAGAGUGGAGGGCGGGCAGGUGAUCUAUGUCAGUCCCAGUGGCACUAACCUAUCCUCUCUGGAAGAGGUCAAGGCCUAUCUGUUGACUGAUAGCACCUGCAAAUGUGGUCUUGAGUGUCCACUUAUCAUCCAUAAGGUUUUCAACUUCACUGUGGGAGUGAAGGUGGAGCAGCACAGCCAGCCAUUAGGCAAAGCAGAGCAGGACAUGACCAAACUGUGUAACCACCGCAGGAAAGUUGUAGCGAUGGCUGCUCUGUGUCGGAGUAUGCAGGCUUCACAGCUGCCAUUCGCAAACCUUCAUCAUCCAGAGAUGAGCACUGGAAUGGACAGCCGCGAUCCAAAGCGGGUUCUCGCGGAGCGGGAAGAAGAGGACCAUGGCAUUUACCAUCCCAAACUCCAUCCAGUCCCAGCCCGACCCCACAGCAACCUUCACCCAAACCCCUGUGCCAGCCCCAAAUCCUCCCACCAGUUUAUUUUCCCUUACAAUGGUUCCUCCCCUGUCCUUCACACGGGCACAAACUCUCACCAUCCUCUAGAGGCUUUGAGAAGGCUUCACCAUCCUCCUCCUAUCCCUGCCUCGUCCAGCUAUUCCUCCAGCACCUCAUUCCCAGCUUACAGCCAUGCCCAGAGGUCACCCUGCACCCCCACACCUCAGAACGUCAGUCAAGGUCAAAGAACACCCAAAACCCCAGAGACUCCGGGCUCUCCUCGGCUAGGGCCCCUGUCUUCCCCUCCUUCCUCGUCCCCUAUGACCAUGGGUGGAGGAGGAAGAGGAGCACAGACUCACACUCAUCACCCUCAUGGUGUCAUUGUGGGAGGUUCCCCCCUCUCUCCGUCUUCCUCCCUCUCUCCCUCUCUCCAUAACAUGAACUGUGUGUCUCCUCACCAGCGGUCCCGCCACCCUUCAGCCUCUCCCUCCCCUCUCUCUGAGCAAGGAGGAAGCUCAACACCAGCAGCAGGAGGAGGACUGAUGGGAAGUAACUUGCCUCAGAGGAGGAAAUCCACCUCUUCCUCUCCACAUUCCCCUCUCUCCGGUGGCUCCCCAAACCCCAGCCCCCACUUCCCCAAGUACAAGCUGGAAGACAUCUUGGAGCAGUUUAAGAACUCAGGCAACAGCAGCACUAAUAACCACCACCUCCUUAUCCCUACUAACCCCUCCUUACUGACUAACCAAAGCAGUAGCAACCCUCAUGCUCUCUCCUCAAAGCCCUCAAAGAGUACCAUGAGCCCAACCCCCAGCCCAGGGCCACCAAGUUUUGGGUUGAACUCUGCAGGUCUUUCGAGUUUACCUCUGGGGCCAUUUCUGAACCACCACCACAGCCAUCAGGGAAAGCUGCCACACCCAGCUUCUUUCCCUGCAAGUAGCCUGCUCUCUGCGGCUGCCAAGGCUCAGCUGGCUAACCAGGGCCAGAGUUCAAAUGUGGCUACCAACUCGGUGAGCUUGCCCUCUUCUCUGGAGGUCUUGAAAGAGGCACAACAACAACAGUCAUCAAAGGUAACAAACAGCACUUUACAUAACAGCCACUCUCCCUCUUCCAUCGCUUCGACUAGGCCUCCCCAUCUCUCCCUUGCAGCAGCCUCCUCCGUCCUUUUUCCUCCAUCCCACUCUCUGGCCCAGUCCCUGGCUUCCUCCUUGCCCCACCUGCCUCCCACAGCAGAGCGCAAUGCGUCGCACAGGAAGAGGCAACGGCGAUCUCCCACAGUGCUCAGCAUGCUAAGAGACACCCAGCACCUGGUUAAUGGGCCUCGGCAAACCCCGCCAGGAGACGCCGUUUCUGCUACAGCUAUCAACUUAUCCUCUUCCUCUUCCUUCCCUUCCUCCUCGCACUCUUCCUCUACCUCAGCUGUGCAGAACAAGAAUGCUGUAAUGUUAGAAAACCAUCAUCAUCUCCUCCCAGGGCAGAUGCCAAGGCUCCCUGCUCCCCGACAGAUGGCACACCUUUCCAGGCCUCCUCGACAAAAUGAGGCUCUGGAUUUCACUACAGGCCUGACACCUACACCUCUUGGCUUGGAUCCUCCAACUCAGCCUCUGUCUGCUCUGUUACACCUGCUCAGUGUGCAGAAUGCACAGGCCACAGCCUCCGCAUCGAACUCUGCUUCAUCUCAGCCAGGUUCCGUGUCUGUUGAAGGAAGUGGACCCACUAAUAAACAGAGCCCCAGACGGUCCCCCUCUUCUCCCGCCCCGCAUUCUAACAUCAGGCACCCACAGACUCAGUCGCUGUGCCGAACCAGUAACACUAAUCCUGUACCCUCCAUGCCACAACCGCAUUCUUCUCCUCCCACUUCCUCUCAGUUCAGAUCAGUGCAGUCUCCAUCACAUCCUCGGCCCACUAAAUCAAGUCCUUUACAGAGACAUUCUCCUUCUUCUACAGUGCUGCCCAACUCAAGUUUAGCUUUACACAACAGCCCCUCUCAGCAUGCGUCCCUGACUCCCUCAGACAAGCAUCAACCAACUGAGAAUCAGGGACGAUUGCGGGAAACCUCACCACAGGGCACUGUGGCAGCAGAUAUUGGUAGUAACAGCAUAUCUUCAUCAGUGGACCUGAGUCAUUCUCAAGGCAGUGUUUCUAUUGCGAUACCAAGCUCCCCGAAACCUCUUGAUCUUAGCAACCAUGUCCUGGCCCUUCUCGCAGCAUCUUCCACUGUGCCCCAGGGAGAGAGCAGCUCCUCCGUCCGUACCACUGAUGUUGUGAUGUCCCCCCAAGGAAAUCUCACUGCAGGGCCAGAGGAGCCUAGAUGUGUGGAUCCAAAGGUCUCCAUAGUGACCAAAUCUCCAGCAGCCACCAGCCCCGGGCAUACUAUCUGCUCUCGUCUUGGCGAUACUCACAGUCCUCCUACACCUUCAGCUGUUGGCGACUCAACUGCUCCCUUACCUUUGGCAGAGGCCUUCCCCUUCAUGAACCAAGAGCAACUGCUUCAGCUGCUGUCAUCCACAGGAGGUCUACCAUCCCUCCUGGACCCUGCGGUCUUGGCUUCAUUGCCUCUAGGGGGGCUAUGGUUGCAACAUGCACAGAUACCCCCUGCCAAUGCUUCACCACAACCACCACAGAAUAUUGCAGAGCAGCAGCAAUCAGAGCAGCAGUUACUGAUUCAACAAGAGACACAGCAGCAAAACCAGGAUCAACAAGAGAAACAACAACAGAUAAACAACAAUCCUCUGUUUCCCUUGUUGCCCUUGUUGAGUGGUGCCCAAGGGGAGCUGCCUCUGAACCUUUUGGGCCUGCUUAAUCCGCUCCCAACCCCUUCUCCAGGACAGGAAGCUGAUUUAGGGCUAACAGAAAAACCUAGCCUUCAGGCUCUGCUCAUGGCUUCCUUGUUGCUUGGGCAACAGCAGGCGUCUUUGUUACCUCUCUCUGGGCUGGGUCAUUUGAGCCAGGUCAGCUUGGAAGUUCCUCUCCAGCAGCCACCCACCACAUUAGAGGGCCUCACCCUGGAUAAGACCUCUGGCCUCCUGGAUCCAUCAACCCUAUCGGGCCCGGGGCUCUUGGAGGUCGUCCAGAGCCUUCUCCCUAUUCAUCCUGGAGCUGAGGGCUCUAUUCAAGCCCUGCAGUCUCUGCUAUUUCCCACCACUCUUCCUCCUCCCCCCGCAGCCUUCCUGCCCCUCAGCCCUGCCUUGCUCAGUGCUGCCCUGAGCUCUGCUGAGCUCCACCCACCUCCCCACACCCAAUUAGCUCCUGCACAGCAAACCCAACAUACCCAACCUCAGGUACCUACUGAUGCUGGUGUUGACACCCUCAUCCCCCUAUCUCUCCAAGGCAAGGACAACCCCAUCCUCCAACAGUUACUGCCCACUUUGCUUAACUCUGCUGUAUUAGGAGAUCUUUCUGGCAUCGCAGGCCUCCAUAACAUGUUGGGGAUUGGAGCAGGUUCCAUCCUCCUGCCCCCGGUCCAGACCUCUGCGUUGGGCAUGCCUCUGCUGCAGGGUCCUGAUGGAGCCAUCAACUUGCUCAACAACAUACAGCUAAAUCUUGCACCACCCUCAGAAGGAGAGAAGCCAGUCUCAUUGCAGGAAACACAAAGCCCUGCCCCGCAGGAAGACAUUCCAGCCAGUCAGAUUGCUCCAGAAGUGGUUCCCAGUCCUGCGCCUGCUCCAGCCCCUGCACAAGAGCCCACCCUGCCCCCACAGCGAGUAUCUGAGGGCAGGUCUGUUAUUGAUCCUUACACAUCUUUCAUGGACACGAUUUAUACCUCCUUCCUUCAAGUCAGUGCUAAAGAGCAGGAAGACAGGGCCCACUUGGGGCCAUCUGACUCCACUUCACCCUUCUGUGCCUUACCGCCAGUUUCUUUCCCUGUGGAGCAUCACACCCCUGUCCCAACUCUGCCCCAGGCAAGUGCCCCAGUCUCCCUCAGCCCACGUCGGGCCUGUUCUCUCCGCAACCCAGACUUAUCCCGACUCAGCCUGGAAGCAGCAGUGCAUUCCCCAGCCCAGGGAACGCCCAAACCCACUGAAGACGGGUCUACUUCACCCUUACAAAGGAAACCGGUCAUGGGAGAGGGACAUACCCACCCAGAGCCUCCUCUGCCACCCAUUUUCUUGGAGGAGGCUAAGACAGACUGUACUGGGCCUGCUGCGGCUGUGUGCCCCUACGUGGAGGCAGGAGUGGAUAGGCAGGGGCAUCUUCCCCAGGCAGGGUACCUCAGUCCCAGGGAUGGAUGCAGUGGGAGGCCCAAUGAGGAGACAGCUGGGACAUUGAUGCACACCGAACAGGGAAGGGAUCAAGCAGGCGCUGCAGGUGGAGCCAGAAGAGGAAGGAAAAGGAAACAAACGCUACAGAAUGUGUUAGAAGACUUCAGAGAUGUGGAUGCUACAGCACUAGAGGAAACCAAGGCUACGACAGCACUGCUGAAGCCGGAGAGGUCGGUCCGCGGCAGGAGGCGACGAGGCGCCAGGUCUCAAAGGCAGUGAUUGGUGGAGGGAGCUGUAAGUCAGAGCGGUUCACCAAUCGGAGGCGGCCAGACGCCUCUCCUCUUUCCCCCUCCCAUCUCUCCACCAUCAUCACCACUGUUUAGACCUGUCUUAUUUUUUUUUUUUAUUCAACUGCACUAAUAUUAUGCUGUUGUCAUGUCAACCAUUGUUAUGGCAACCACUAUGAAAAAAAACACAUGGGAGAGAGAUCUAGUCUGAAAAGUUAAUUUAUAAAAACUGAAAAAAAAAUUUGAUGAGAAAUGUUGAGGAUACUUUUUCACUUAGGUCUUCUCUUAGGUCUAGUUCACAAAAUAAUGGUUGCUUGACAUUGUGAUCAGAGAUCUGUUAAUUAUGGUUGGUGUUAGAAUUAUAUCAGUGAGAAAACACAAAAAGAGUACUGUUUUCUUCUCAUCAGUGUGUAACUGUGAGUCAGGAUAAAGCCCAUCUACUUGAACGAUGCUCUCUGUUGAAAGUGUGUCUGUAUGUAUGUGGAUGUGUGUGUCUUUUUAUGUGUCGCAGUAUGUGUUGGACAACAGUGCUAUUGCUGAGCCCUUCACCAUCCGUUAGCUGACUUUAUUUUAAUUUUUUGUACACGAGACCCUGUCUGUUGGUAAGAUAAAGGGCUCUUUGCAGAGACACGCAGCAGUUAUAUUUCACAGAAACAUUCUGAAAGGUUUUCAGUAGGUGCUGGAACAUAAGGAACAGGCUUGAGUUUUUUUCAUAGAAUAAAAUAACCUUUUAUAUGGGACAAGCCAAGGAAAUAAUGUGGGUCACCUUAUCAGAUUUCUUCACACUCAAAGAAAUUAAUCACAAUUCCACGUGUCUUGUGAGAUGUUCUUUUAUGGUUUGUACGUCACUAAUAUUUUUAUGAACUGAGAAAACAUUCAAUUAAAAUGUUCUUUGUGUACAACUUUGAAUCAUGUCAUAACGUGUCAGGGUGCCCAGACAGAUCCACACCAUAUCUGGAACAAUUUAGAAAAAGACUCAGCAUCAUUUGUCACAUUUUGGCAACCCACUUACAUUUCACCUGCUGUCAUUAGUUGAUGUAGAGAAUUACAUGUAGCUGUGGUGUGAUGGAGACACUUUGUCGACACCCAUACUUUGACCACACCGCCGUGAGAUGAGUGUCUGGAAAAAAUAUUGAAUUUUUAACAUUUGCAGGAAUCCCGAGUUUAAACAAAGUACAGUAUGUCCUUUGAUUGGUUGAACGAGUGGCUGGUAAACUUAAAACGCAGAAAGCGAUGACGUCUUACGUGAAUCUGUUAAGUCUGUGUGUUACUAUGGAUUUGGAGUGCUAUCCUCCCUCUGUCUCCUCAUAUCACUGUUUAAGCUCUCCUCCACACACUGCCCUGCCCCAAGAGUACUGGCAUCUCUAGCUGUAUUUAAAGAAAAAAAGAAUAAAGAAAAGUGGAAAAAGAAAGCAGAUUAUGCAAUUUCUACACUUGGAGAUUUGUACAUAUGUACAGUUAAUGUGUUUUAUUUUGAUUUUAUAUUGUUAGAGAAAGACGAGAGAAAACAAUGAAUUGUGAAUUUUUUCUGGGAAUUGUAAUUAAGUAUUUUUCUCAUUCUACCCCUUGCUUUCAAUACUUAUGUUUAAAAAGACGAUUAAAUUGUGGACUGUAGCUUUCUUUUUAUAUGGGAGUUUUUUUUAUUUAAUAUUAAACUAUUUACAGAAAA